AUGACUAAUGACAUAUCCAAAAAGAAAGGGAAGAAUUCCACUGAGAAAAAGGCAAAAAGAAGAGCAAAAAGAAAAGAGACUUACGCGCUGUACAUCUAUAAAGUUUUGAAACAGGUUCAUCCGGACACCGGCAUUUCAAGCCGAGCCAUGAGCAUCAUGAACUCGUUCGUCAAUGAUCUAUUUGAGAGGAUUGCCACAGAAGCGUCACGACUGGCUCAGUACAACAAACGUGCCACCAUCAGCAGCAGAGAGGUGCAGACCGCAGUGAGGCUGCUGCUGCCCGGAGAGCUGGCCAAACACGCCGUGUCUGAGGGCACCAAAGCUGUGACCAAGUACACCAGCUCCAAGUGA